AUGUUCGCAUACCGCAUGCUCUCCCUUGUCAACUUAAAUAUGUUCGCAUACCGCAUGCUCUCCCUUGUCAACUUAAAUAUGUUCGCAUACCGCAUGCUCUCCUUUGUCAACUUAAAUAUGUUCGCAUACCGCAUGCUCUCCCUUGUCAACUUAAAUAUGUUCGCAUACCGCAUGCUCUCCUUUGUCAACUUAAACAUGUUCGCAUACCGCAUGUUCUCCCUUGUCAACUUAAACAUGUUCGCAUACCGCAUGCUCUCCCUUGUCACAUACCGCAUGCUCUCCCUUGUCAACUUAAACAUGUUCGCAUACCGCAUGCUCUCCCUUGUCAACUUAAACAUGUUCGCAUACCGCAUGCUCUCCCUUGUCAACUUAAAUAUAUUCGCAUACCGCAUGCUCUCCCUUGUCAACUUAAGCAUGUUCGCAUACCGCAUGCUCUCCCUUGUCAACUUCAGUAAUAUUCACCUCUCUAGACCUGUCUGCUAUGAAAUAGUCACCGUCAAACGGCAGACUAGUUCCGCGGAUAGAUUUCCGGAAAUUGUUAAACCAAAUGAGAAGAUAAAAGUAACGCUAAGCGCAAAAGCUCGACCUGCGUUCAGCGCCAGUGAGCAUAGCUGA